GGCGGUGCGCAGUUCCCGGAAGUGUCGCCCAGGCUUCUGCCCACCUGCGCUUCUGCGGCGGUCGUAGGGUCUGGCCUGCCUGGGCGCUAUGAGCUCCUUCCAAGGACAGAUGGCGGAGUAUCCGACCAUCUCCAUAGACUGUUUUGACCGGGAGAACCUGAAAGCCCGCGCCUACUUCCUUUCGCACUGCCACAAGGAUCACAUGAGAGGAUUAAGGGCUCCUUCCUUAAAAAGAAGACUGGAGUGCAGCUUGAAAGUUUUCCUGUACUGUUCUCCAGUUACUAAGGAGCUGUUGCUAACUAGCCCGAAAUACAGAUUUUGGGAAAAACGAAUUAUAGCAAUUGAAAUUGACACUCCUACCCAGAUACCUUUAGUUGAUGAGGCAUCCGGUGAGAAGGAAGAGGUUGUUGUGACUCUGUUACCAGCCGGUCACUGCCCGGGAUCAGUUAUGUUUUUAUUUCAGGGAAGGAAUGGAACUGUCCUAUACACAGGAGACUUCAGACUGGCGAAAGGAGAAGCUUCCAGAAUGGAGCUUCUGCACUCUGGGGGCAGAGUAAAAGACAUCCAAAGUGUAUAUUUGGACACCACUUUCUGUGACCCAAGGUUUUACCAAAUUCCAAGUCGUGAGGAGUGCUUAAAGGGGAUUUUGGAGCUGGUUCGAAGUUGGGUCACUCGGAGUCCAAACCACGUCGUGUGGCUGAACUGUAAAGCAGCUUACGGCUACGAGUAUUUAUUCACCAACCUGAGUGAGGAGCUAGGAAUCCAGGUUCAUGUGGACAAGCCGCACAUGUUUAGAAAUAUGCCUGAUAUCCUCCACCACCUCACAACAGACCGAAACACCCAGAUCCACGCCUGCCGCCACCCAAAGGCAGAAGAGUAUUUCCAGUGGAAUAAAUUACCGUGUGGGAUCAAUUCCAAAGCUAAAGCUGCACUCCACACAAUCAGCAUCAAGCCGUCUACCAUGUGGUUUGGAGAGAGAAGCAGGAAAACAGAUGUGAUCGUGAGGACUGGAGAGAGCUCGUACAGAGCUUGUUUUUCUUUUCACUCCUCCUACAGUGAGAUUAAAGAUUUUUUGAGAUACAUCUGUCCAGUGAAUGCAUAUCCAAACGUCGUUCCCAUAGGCCUCACUGUGGACAAGGUCAUGGACGUUUUAAAGCCUCUAUGCCGAUCCUCCCAAAGUGCCGAACCAAACUAUAAACCACUUGGCAAAUUGAAGAGAGCAAGAACAAUCCGUCUAGACUCAGAAGAGGAAGGCGAUCUUUUUGAUGACCCUCUGCCAACACCUUUAAGGCACAAAGUUCCGUACCAGGUAACUCUUCUCCCUGAUGUAUUUUCAAUGAAGGCACUGCCACAAGACCAGCCUGAACUGCGCCAAAGGCAAGGGUGCUGCAAAGCAGAGAGUAUGUGGAGUGCUACUUCGGCCAACUUCAUAGACUGUGAAGAAUGCAACAGUGACAGUGAAGAAGAGCUACAAACCCCACCUUCACCGCAGGGAGGUCUGGGCCCCGAGACACUGCCCCAGCAGGGUGCUGGUGCAGACACACCGCAGUGGGAAGUAUUCUUCAAAAGAAGAGAUGAAGUCACAGAUGAAUGUUCAGAAAACUUACCUUCCUCCAUAGAGACAGGAGGAUCUCAGUCGCCAAAGCUUUUCAGUGACUCACCAAAGCUUUGCAGUGAUUCUGAUGGAGAAUCUACCCACAUCUCUUCCCAGAAUUCCUCUCAGUCAACACAUAUAACAGAUCAAGGAAGUCAGGGCUGGGAUAGCCAGUGUGAUACUGUUCUGCUAUCAUCCCAAGAGAAAAAUGGUGGAGACAGUACCUCUUUGAACAAGGGUGUCUGCAAACCAAAAAUCAAAGAGAAUACUUCUGCCUCUCAAAUGAAACAGAAUGCACUGUGUCCACAGGACACUUCCUGUGACUUGGAAAGCAGAGAUGAAGUAAAUAAAGAUCCUUGCAUUAGAGAACCAGACACUCUGAGUGGCAGGAAAUCCCCACUGGAGAAAACACUGCUAACCAGUGCACGUGGGGAUUCGCAGAGCUCCUCUGAUUUUGAAAUCCCCUCAACUCCAGAGGCUGAGCUUCCUAAGCCAGAGCAGUUACAGUAUUUAUAUGGAAGGCUGGCAACAGGUGAGGGUAUAGUUGUUAAAAAAAGAAGUGUUCACUCUUAGACAUUUAAGAAUUAAAUUUUAGGGGAUUGGGAGGGAAAGAGGGAGAGGGCUACAGCUGGGAUACAAGUGAAUGUAUAAAAAUUCACUUUUUUUAAAUUUUUUUCUUAAAUAAAAAAAAAUUUAAAAAUUAAAUUUUAGCAUUUUAGCAAGUAUGUCCAAUCUUUUGAUGUCACAACACAAUGUCAUGCAUACAUGUACUGGGCAAUAUUCAUAGCUGUGGAUGUAUGCAGUCUACAGGGUAGAGCAACCACUAAAAAAAAACCUACAAAAAAGUAACACAUCAGUAUAAUAAAAGAUGAAAAUGGAAUGUUAAAGGAUGCUCAAAUGACCUAAAAGAGAAAAACAGUGUUGCGUGAGAUGGCAGAACUAAAUCUAAACCCAUAAUAAUCACAUUAAAUGCAAAUGAUGUAGAGAGAUCCAUAUAAAGACUCUGGGAAAAACAUAACCCAACAUUAUAGAAAACACAAUUCAAGUGAUGUAAAGUGAAAAGUAAAACGACAGACCAUGUAAAUGUGUUAAAGCCACAAUGGCUAUAGUAAGAGCACAUACUAUCCUGGACAAAAUGUCCAACUUAACAAGAAGAUGAAAUGGUAGAGCUCUUGCGUAGCAAGUAUGAGGCCCUAGGUUCAAUCCCCAGUAUUGCCCUCCACGAAAGGGACCAGAUACACAAAUACAAAAAUGUAACAUGCUUCUCUUAGGGAACCAGUGUGUGUGUAUAGUAAGACAAGAACUGAACACCACCAGGCAAUUGGAUCUGACAGACAAGAGUAUUUUACUUCACAGCAGAAUAAAUCUCUUCAUGUGUACAAGGACCAUUCCACCAAGACACACCAUAUCUUCAAUCAUUACAAGCAGUCUAGAAGAAUAAAGGUGGCUGGGUCCUGUUAUAGUAAUCUGGUAGCAGGGAAUGACAGGACCAUAUGAACCUCAAAAGUCCUGGGGGCAGGGCUGGAGAGAUGGACCAGCGGUUUGCAGCACUUGCUGUUUUUGUGGAGGACCCAGGUUUGGUUCCCAGCACCCACAUGGAGGCUCACAACUGUCUGCAACUCCAUUCCAGGGGACCCAGGCACACAUGUGGUGCAUAUACGUACAAGCAGGCAAAACACUCAUACAUAAAAUUAAAAUAAAUCUUAAAAAGCACCAGGGGGGAAAAAAAGCACCAGGGAGCUAAGCAAGGCUGUGUUCUAGCUUACUCUAAAGGCUGAGACAGGAGGGGUGGCAUUGGAGGUUAAGCCUGCACAACUCUGCAAGAGCUUGUUUCAAGAGAUAAAAAUGUUACCAGUGCACUGACAUUGUUGAUUAGAAUGUAAAGGAAAAUACUUAGAAUUAAAUGGCUAACAUAUGUUCUAUGAGCUGUUAAACUGCCUUAAAGUACAAUGCUUUUGUAUUGAUGCAAGUGGAUCUAAUAAAGCUUUGUAAACAUUUUCGUAA